GAAGGAGCAACGUCACAAGUCCCGAAGUAAGGCCAAGUUCCAAGAAGCAUGUGCACCCACCACUAAAAACUGUACCUCAACAUUUGUAGAUUCCACCUUUGUGGAUUGGAUUUGAUUUUCCCUCCCUUCGACUCUUCGACUCCUUGUCUCUAUAUCGCUUCUAUGUAGCAUGUGCUACUUUUCGGAACAGCUCCUAUUGUUUCCCACUGUCCUGCUAAUUCAGCAUGGAUCAGUACCCUCACCCAUCGCGAACUUUCACUUCAGCACCGUCGGCUGAGAAGUCCAGCCAGUUGCUCCUCCGCGAAUAUCCUCAUCGAGCAAUCGCAAUCGCCACGCCGACCCAUGCCUUGAUAUUCCGGUAUAGCCCUACAACGAGCGAAGCGAUUGCGAAUGGCUCGCUUUUAUCCGUCUCGUCAGCACGAUCCCGUAGUGCCGGAGACGGUCCCGUAUCCAAAUGCAUGGUCGAAUUUUCCCCCAUAUCUAAGCAACUUCUUAGCGACUUUAGACCUCUCACACCGCGCCCCAUUUAUGGGACACUCGGCCUUAUAUCCAUAAAUCAAGAUGUAUUCCUAUGUGUAAUAACGCAGGCAUCGCGGGUAGCAACACUGCGACCCGGGGAAACUGUCGAAAAAAUUGCGAGUGUCGACUUUUUCUGCCUCAACAGCUCAGAGUACGAUAAUGUUAUAUCCCUAAAUACGUACGACAGUGACCUCUCCGACUCUGCCCCUCUGUAUGGCCAAAGUCUUGGCAGAAGAGAAGGCGAAAUAGAAUCUCCAUAUCACGAACUGCGGGGGCUGUUGAGCAAUGGCAGCUUUUAUUACAGUACAGAUUUUGACCUGACAAAUAGGUUACAAGAUAGGCCAAUAGAUUCGGACACGUUCGAUAUUGACAAUUUCGACGACUCUUUCUUGUGGAAUUACUUCAUGAUCAGUCCCUUGGUCCAGUUUAGAUCUAGGUUGUUGGCUCAUGAACGUGAGGCUCUUGAUGCCUCAAGGAUUUUGACCUCUGCUAUACGAGGAUUCUGCUUAACUAUGACGAUCCCUCAAAGUGCGGCGCCUUUGCGAGAUGGCAAGUCUGGUCUUCCAUCCUACCUCACCGUUAUUUCACGUUUGUCGUGUAAGCGAGCUGGAACUCGCUUUAACAGCCGAGGAAUUGAUGAUGAUGGACACGUGGCCAAUUUCGUCGAAACAGAAACGAUAUAUUGGAGUCCCUCUGGUGUCCUUUUCUCGUAUGCGCAAGUUCGCGGCUCUGUGCCAGUGUUCUGGGAACAGACUCCAGGUCUUAUCCCGGGCCAGCAGAAGAUUUCAAUCACACGCUCAGCUGAUGGGACGCAACCAGCAUUCGAUAAACAUUUCGAGGAAUUGGAACAGUCUUAUGGUGCGGUACACAUUGUCAAUCUUCUCAGUGCAACAAAGCCAGGGGAGGCAGAGCUUACAAAUCUGUUCCAUUAUGGCCUACAGCAUUGCUCGCUUAGCCGUGUUGUUGACAAGCAAUCGUCUGAUCACGCCCUAUUGCGGGAGACGGACUAUGAUUUCCAUGCGGAAACGAAAGCGGCCGGAUACGAGGCUGCUCGAGAAAUUCGGCGCUAUAUCGAGCAUUCUGCCGAUGGUUUCGCAUAUUAUCUAGCUGAGCUAACAGAUGAUAUGAUCGACAUUAACGAUUCGCCUGGCCACCAAAGGAUGGUUGUCGUGCUUCAGCAGGAGGGAGUCUUUCGGACAAAUUGCCUAGACUGUUUAGACAGAACCAAUCUUAUUCAGACUAUCAUUUCGCAGAUGGCUGUUGAGGCAUUCUUGACUCAUCGCGGUGAAUACGCCGCGUCAGACUUCUGGAUGCGACAUUCCACUCUCUGGGCCGAUAACGGUGACGCUCUCUCUAGGAUUUACGCCGGUACAGGCGCACUCAAAUCCUCAUUCACAAGGACCGGCAAAAUGUCUAUAGCUGGCGCCUUCGCGGACGCUCGAAAAAGUGCGACGAGACUUUACAUCAAUAACUUUACCGACAAGGCAAGGCAAAACACAAUUGAUAUGCUCCUAGGACGAUUAGUCGGCCAGGCUCCUGUCCAUCUCUUCGACCCAAUCAGCGAUUACAUAUCUGUCGAACUCAGUAAACGUAGUUCCGAGUAUUCGUCAACAGAAAACAUCACGAUGUGGGUUGGGACGUUUAACUUAAAUGGACGUACAAAUGGCAUCGAGGAAGAUUUAUCUCCUUGGCUUUGCCCUCAGGAGCUUGGUUCAACACAGCCGGAGAUAGUAGCAGUAGGGUUCCAAGAGAUUGUUGAAUUGAGUGCUCAACAAAUCAUGAAUAGCGACCCUACCAGAAAGCAGUUAUGGGAGAGAGCUAUCAAGAAAACACUCAAUACCCGCGCAAAACUAUCAGGAGGAGAGAAAUACGUUCUACUUCGUAGCGGGCAACUUGUGGGCGCUGCACUUUGCAUCUUCGUAAAAGCAUCAGUGCUUCCGAAGAUAAAGAAUGUCGAGGGAAGCGUCAAGAAAACGGGGAUGUCCGGCAUAGCAGGGAAUAAAGGCGCAGUCGCUAUCAGAAUGGAGUAUGCGAGUACUCAGAUAUGCUUUGUGACAGCCCAUCUCGCCGCCGGGUUCUCCAACUAUGAUGAAAGAAAUAAGGAUUACGCUACGAUUCAUCAUGGACUGCGGUUCCAGAGGAAUAGGGGUAUCGACGACCACGACACGGUUAUCUGGCUUGGAGAUUUCAACUACCGUAUUGGUCUAUCACACGAAAGGGUCAUGGAUUUAAUCCAAAAGAAAGACCUAGAGAAGCUGUAUGAGAAUGACCAGUUGAAUUUACAAAUGGUCGCCGGUCUCUCUUUUCCAUACUACUCCGAAGCCAGGAUUACAUUCAUGCCAACGUACAAAUUCGAUGUUGGUACUGAUAGAUAUGACAGCUCUGAAAAAUUACGUAUUCCGGCAUGGACGGACCGCAUCUUACGCAAAGGUACAAAUAUACGGCAAUUGUCAUACAACUGUGCCCCUUUGCGAUUUUCAGAUCACCGCCCCGUAUUCGCAACGUUCCAAUGCACAGUAAACAUUAUAAAUGAAGCACUUAGGGAGAAGAUCAGUCGGGAGCUGUACGAACGCCGUAAAGCAGAAGUAGGUCACACAGCUGCAAGUUUACUUAGCGAGGACUCCGACGAUGAUGAAGACCUCAUUGGGUACGAUCCUAUCGAGCCGGGAUUACCUCCGGCGAGCUCAGACCGGCAGAGAUGGUGGCUUGAUAACGGCAAGAUGGCGAAGUCCACAGUCGGGCCACCGAAACCCAUCAACGGGAAUUCCACUAUGGUGCUAAACCCUAACCGUCCUUCAAAUCCGUUUACUCCGUCGGAAGAACCGGACUGGGUUGCGAUACCCAGAUCCAAUUCAAGACUCUCCUCGUUCUCCAGCAUCUCUAGCUCUCCCUACGAGCACAUUAACCACUCUUCCAUCCUCUCGACAUCGGCUGCAUCCAACUCCUCGCCCAGGAAACUUCCUCCACCUUUUGAUCCGGCCACCUUACCCACUAAGGUUGGCCAGAUCAAUUUGCAUGAUGAACAAAUGCCUACACAUAGGAACGAAGCUCCGCCGCCACCUCCGCCCAGAAGACAGACAUCUACAGGUUUCCCGCCUUCUCAACCGUCCAGUUCUGCGGGGGCGCAUCCCGCGUUACGAGCAACAAAACCUGGUGUACCAGAACCACCAAUGAGGACUAUGUCGACGUCAUCCCUAACGUCGAAUAAGUCUAAGGCGCCUCCGCCUAUAGCCAGAAAGCCAGUCCAUCUUACAUCACCCUCACCCUCCACCAAUCCUUCUCUCCCCGAAACCAGCAGUUUUAGUUCACUCAUAGAUCAACAAACACCAAAACCGCCCAUCCCACGCAAGACCGUGACUGCUAUCUCGAAUGUCUCCAACCUGACUUCUAAACUUGAAGCUAACAAAUCUGGCGCGUUAACUGGCGGAAUGCUCAAAGCAACAUCACCUCAUAUCGACACUGUCACGCACAAUGGUUUUACAACCGGGCCAUCUAGCUCAGCUGCGGCUAUAAGUCGAGUUCCAUUGCCUGGGCUCGGGAACACGGAGCGAAAGCCACCUUUGCCAGUACGCCCACAGCAACAGCAACAGCAGCAGCAUCACACACAAUUAUCUCAACCAGUGACGAGGACUAGCGUAGAUCUCCUUGGUGGCGAUGACAAUACCGAGAUGAAUGGAUGGGAAACUUUAAAACCAAGUUAGAUAUCUCCCUUGUCUAGAUGAUAUUAUAUUCAAAAGGGGUUGGCGUUGACACAGCGUGGCGUUUUACAGCGUUGUAGUUUAAUUCAGUAUAUAUACGACGUCCGUGCAGGGUGAAAACGAAUUUCUUAACAGGACGGACUUAAGAUGAAUUAUUACGCACGGUAGACAUAAGACGUUCUACAAAUAAAUGAUGUGGUAAUACUAAUAAGUUAAUUACCUAAAUAUGCCACUACCUUAUUAAGAUGUAUACUAAACGUGAUGAUUUAUAAGGAAUAGCAAAGAAAUCACGCCUUCCUGUUCACGAGGUUGAUGGAGGCGCGAGACGGUUGCUACUCACCGAACUACUCCCGUCGGGUUGACGUCACACCUUGAUAAGAUAAAAGCUUUAGUUUGUCCAAACUUCGUCUUGAGAAGGAUGUCGCGUCUGACUUAG